ACCAAAGGAGAGAAUAGAAGAGAAGAAGAGCAUGGUUCUAAUUUAAUCUGGAGAAGGGUAGGUUGUUGGAUUGGGUCUUUGUGAGUAGCGAUUGGAAUCGGAUCCAUCCAGGUCUAUAUUUCUUGCUUUCAAUUGGUGAUCGGAAUCGGAUCCAUCUUGUAGUGUAGAGGUUUUUAUCUCUGGUUCAGUGGUUCUUAUGCUUGAGUUCGAGUUUCAAUAAAGAUAUUUGUUGACGCAUUUCAGUUUUUUCGGGAGUAGAUUUGCUUCGUUCAAAAAAGUUGAAGAUGUGGGGUGUUACAAGGCUCAAGACUAUCCGCCCUGCUUUCUCUUCACUCAGACAAUUCUCUUCCGUCGCCAAAGAGAUGACAGUGAGAGAGGCUCUCAACUCCGCACUUGAUGAGGAAAUGUCAGCAGAUCCUAAAGUCUUCUUGAUGGGUGAAGAGGUUGGAGAAUAUCAGGGUGCAUACAAGAUAACCAAGGGUCUGUUGGAGAAGUAUGGCCCUGAGAGGGUUCUUGAUACUCCAAUCACUGAGGCUGGGUUUACUGGGAUUGGAGUUGGCGCUGCUUACUAUGGUCUAAGACCUGUCGUGGAGUUUAUGACAUUUAACUUCUCCAUGCAGGCAAUAGAUCACAUUAUUAAUUCUGCUGCAAAAUCAAACUACAUGUCUGCUGGGCAAAUAAAUGUACCUAUUGUCUUUAGAGGACCCAAUGGUGCUGCUGCUGGGGUUGGUGCUCAACACUCUCAGUGUUAUGCAUCUUGGUAUGGCUCUUGCCCUGGGUUGAAAGUGCUAUCACCAUACUCAUCUGAAGAUGCUCGUGGUUUGCUUAAAGCAGCUAUAAGGGACCCUGAUCCUGUAGUUUUCCUUGAAAAUGAGUUGUUAUACGGUGAGUCUUUCCCAGUUUCGGCCGAAGUUCUUGAUUCCAGUUUUUGCCUUCCCAUAGGAAAAGCAAAGAUUGAGAGAGAAGGAAAAGAUGUUACUAUUACAGCCUUUUCAAAAAUGGUUGGUUAUGCUCUCAAGGCUGCUGAGAUACUAGCCAAGGAAGGAAUCAGUGCCGAGGUUAUCAAUUUGCGUUCGAUCCGGCCGCUUGAUCGAUCCACAAUCAAUACUUCUGUCAGGAAAACCAACAGACUGGUGACAGUUGAGGAGGGGUUUCCUCAGCAUGGUGUUGGUGCUGAAAUCUGCACAUCUGUCAUUGAAGAGAGUUUUGGUUAUCUUGAUGCACCGGUUGAGAGAAUUGCUGGGGCUGAUGUUCCCAUGCCUUAUGCAGCAAAUCUGGAGAGGAUGGCUGUUCCACAGGUUGAAGAUAUUGUUCGUGCUGCAAAAAGAGCAUGCUACAGAUCUGUGCCUUUGGCUGCAGCUGCUUGAAGAUCAAUCUAGGCCUUAAUGUUAAUAUCAGGAACAAGAGAUGCUAUACAUUUUUGUUCCCAUUCUCAGCAUAUGGGGGAGGUUCAUGUUUAAUAAUUUGGAUAACAAUAACACAAGACGGGAAGUUGUGUUCUUUUGGACCAAUAACACAGUAUUCAUUGAAUACACUAUCGAGUUCCUUUUUCUCUCCAGCAGACCACAUAUUGCAACGACUGACUUGCUGUUUUGAGUGCACAAAAAAUAUUGUUAGUACUUGCUUGGUUUCAUUGGCAAAGUAAUUAUAAUUAUUGGGUAAAUUACACUCCAUUACGCUUUUCUUAUAUGACACUAAAUUUCAAAUUUACUCAAAUAUUACCCUCCACCUCAUUCACUACUUA